CUUUUCAUCCUCUCUAAGCAACCUCUUGUUUUGCUUCUCUGCCUGGUAUAAAAUGAGUCCAAAGAAAUGGUUUAAGAAGAUUGUGAAGCUGAAGAAACCGAAGGAAGAUAAAUCGAAACAAGAAAAGGUGCAAUCUGCUGCUGCUGAAAAGUCAGAUGAGUUGUCGGAGGAGAAACAAGACACUAAUGAAGAGUCAAGUAACAUUCCCAAUGAAGUUUUGGUGGUAGAAGGGACAGUUCCCACGAGCUUGAUCCAAGAUAUUGCUGCCACUCGGAUUCAAAAUGCAUUUCGUUCAUUUCUGGCAAGAAGAACAUUGCACCAUCUAAGGGGAGCAGUGAAAUUUGAGGCUUUGAUUCAAGAUCACAUGGCCAGAGAACAAACAGAGACUGCACUAAACUACAUACAUUCAUGGAGCAGAAUACAAGAGCAAAUUAGAGCUCGCAGACUAUGCAUGAUAACAGAAGCUAGGAUUAAGCAAAAGAAAUUGGAAAACCAGUUAAAGCUCGAGGCCAAGAUUCAUGAACUAGAGGUGGAAUGGUGUGGCGGUUCUGAAACAAUGGAAGAGAUACUUUCGAGGAUGCAUCAGCGUGAAGAAGCAGCAAUCAAACGAGAGCGAGCCAUGGCAUAUGCUUUCUCUCACCAGUGGAGGCCCAAUUGUAACCAGUAUUUGGGCCAGGCUACAUACGGGCUUGGCAAGGAAAGCUGGGGCUGGAGCUGGAAGGAAAGGUGGGUUGCAGCCCGUCCUUGGGAAAUCCGGGUCCGUUUUCAGGGUCCAGUGGCAAAGAAAAUCAAUGGCCAUCAGCAGAAAACCAAAGUAGACAAAAAUGACCACAAUGAUGGCAAAGUGGCCUCGUCUAAGCCUGAGUUGUCAAAUGGCAAGGAGACUGAGAAAGGCAAAGAAAACAGCACUGCAGAGUUGUCAAAGAACAAUCUAGCCAAAUAAACCACUCUGUCACCUGUAUCAUCUGUGGCCACAAAUCAAUUACCUCAGUGUUUGUUGUAAGGCACCUUUUAUUCAUCCAAUUUUGUGUCCUCUAUUCCUAACUUAGCAUAUAUGGCAUCUGGUGUAUACAUUAAAUUAGGAGACUUCCUAAAUUGUAAUCUUUAUUUGCAUGAUCCAUUAGAAACAUGAAUUAU